AUGGCCUCCGCCGGCACCGCGCCGCCUCACUGCCGCCCCCGCCGCCUCCGGGUGGCGCUGUCGCUGGCUCUGCUGGCCGCUUGCUGCGCCACCGCCACUGCCGCCUCCGCAGCCGAGUGGAUGGGCGCCCUGGAGCAGGCGCUGCUGCUCGGCCUCAACUCCACGGACGAGUUCACCUUCCGGGACUGCGUGUGGCGCAGAGGCGGCGACCGUGACGCCUGCCCUGACCCAGACAUCCACCUGUACCUCUACACCAGCGCCAACGCGAGCCGCGUGGAGGUGCCGCAGUCGCGGGCAGCGCUGGCGCGCGGCGAGUGGCUGCGAGAGGCCGUCGGGGGCGGCGGCGGCCUGGGCGGCCGGCAGCUGGUGCUGCUGGUGCACGGGUACGCCGGCGGAGACGGCCUGCUGCCCGCCGUCGUGCUGCGCGACGCGUACCUGCGCUCGGGCCGCUUCUGGGUGCUGGUGGUGGACUGGGGCGCGCUCGGCCGCCCCCCCUGCUACCCGGCCGCCGUGCACAACCUGCGGACCGCCGCCAGCUGCCUGGCGCGCCAGCUGUCCGCGCUGCGCCAGCUCGCCGGACUGGCGCCAGCAGCCUGCGUCGGCCACUCGCUGGGAGCACACCUCUGCGGCCUGCUGGCGCGACAGCUGCGCUUCCGCCUGCCCUCCAUCAUCGGCCUGGACCCGGCGCGGCCGCUGGUGAGGGCGGCGCUGCGGCUGGCGCAGGGCGACGCCGGCCACGUGCAGACGCUGCACACCAACGCGGGCCACUACGGCGAGCUGGCGACGCCGCGCAUGGCGCACGUGUCCGUCUGCGUCAACGGCGGCCGCCUGCAGCCCUUCUGCCUCGACAAGACAGGUGAGCGGCGGCGGCGGCGGCGGCGGCACACCGGCACUUCUCUGCACAGCGCGGGCCACACGGAGGAGGGAGUGUGUGAUGAUGCAGCGGCCGCCGCUGUUGCAGACCCGCACCUGUGCAGCCACGUGCGCUCCGUCUGCCUGCUGGCCGAGACGCUGCAGGCGGAGGGCGCGCGUCGCGCCGCCCCCUGCGGGAGAGCAGCCCACAGGCCGGGCAGCUUCCUCGCGGCCACCAGGCCCGGCGGUCUGCUGUUCGGACACCUCGCGCCCCCCAGCGCGCCGCCCCCGGAGGCCGACCGCGACUCGCAGGAGGUGCACGGCACGGCCGCCCCCCUGCUGGCGUGGCAGCUGGCCACGGCGGAGCCCGCGCGCCUCCAGCCCGCCACCGUCUCGCAGGGCUACGCGGCCGUCAAGGGCUGA